AUGGCCGACUCCGAGCAGCCAAAGAAGUCGCGCUUCAAGCGACAGAAGACCAAUGACCACCGCAGCGACGAUAAGGCCAACCCGUAUCUCGCGCACAUGAACUUCGACAACGAGGCGGGUGUCGGCCUCAAUGGCGGCGCAAAUGGCAAAUCGAAUGGAUCAUACAACGGCACCGACCUGAGCAAGUGGCCGCGAUAUGGCACGACCGCGAAGAUGGCUGCGCAGGCAGAAGACGGUCCAGACAACCCAUUCACCGGCGUGCCUCUGUCAGAUCGCUACUUUGGCAUUCUCAAGUCUCGCCGGGACUUGCCAGUGCAUGCGCAGAGGCAGGACUUCUUGGACAUGUACCAGAAGUCGCAGAUCUUGGUCUUCGUUGGUGAGACCGGUUCCGGAAAGACUACGCAGAUCCCACAGUUCGUACUCUACGACGACUUACCGCAGACCCAAGGCAAGAUGGUGGCGUGUACGCAGCCUCGUCGUGUCGCUGCCAUGUCCGUCGCACAGCGUGUCGCACAAGAGAUGGACGUUGAGCUUGGAGGCGAAGUUGGUUACAGCAUUCGUUUCGAGGACAAGACAAGUCCGAAGACGAUCCUCAAGUACAUGACAGACGGUAUGCUGCUGAGAGAGGCCAUGAACGAUCACGACAUGAAGCGAUACAGUACAAUCAUCCUUGACGAGGCACACGAGAGAACUCUGGCGACGGAUAUCCUCAUGGGCUUGCUGAAGGAGGUGGUUGCGCGGAGACCUGAUCUCAAGAUCAUUAUUAUGUCGGCCACGCUUGAUGCACAAAAGUUCCAGAAGUACUUCAACAACGCACCAUUACUUGCCGUACCUGGUCGAACACAUCCUGUCGAGAUCUUCUACACACCAGAGCCCGAGCGAGAUUAUCUUGAGGCCGCGCUGCGAACAGUGCUGCAGAUUCACGCCUCAGAGCCAGAAGGUGACAUUCUGCUGUUCUUGACUGGUGAAGAGGAGAUUGAAGAUGCGGCGAGAAAGAUCAGCAUGGAGGCAGAUGAGAUGAUAAGAGAAGCAGAUGCUGGACCACUCAAAGUCUACCCCCUCUACGGCACAUUACCACCUGCACAACAGCAGAGAAUCUUCGAUCCUGCACCACCACCAUACAAGCCGGGAGGCAGACCUGGUCGGAAGUGCAUCAUUUCCACCAACAUUGCCGAGACAUCGCUCACUAUCGACGGUAUCGUCUACGUCGUGGAUCCUGGUUUCAGCAAACAAAAGGUCUACAACCCACGGAUUCGUGUCGAGUCGCUCCUCGUCUCGCCUAUCAGCAAAGCAUCCGCCCAACAACGAGCUGGUCGCGCUGGUCGUACAAGACCUGGAAAGUGCUUCCGACUGUAUACGGAAGGUGCCUUUAAGAAAGAACUCAUCGACCAGUCGUAUCCUGAGAUCCUCCGAUCCAACUUGGCCAGUACAGUGCUUGAGCUGAAGAAGCUCGGAAUCGAUGACUUGGUGCACUUCGAUUUGAUGGACCCUCCCGCACCAGAGACGCUCAUGCGAGCACUUGAGGAGCUCAACUAUCUUGCUUGUCUCGACGAUGAAGGUGAAUUGACCACAUUGGGAAAGCUGGCGUCAGAGUUUCCACUUGACCCAGCUCUGGCUGUCAUGCUCAUUUCAUCGCCUGAGUUCUACUGCUCGAACGAGAUCCUGUCACUUACAGCACUUCUUUCUGUACCGCAGCUCUUCAACCGUCCUGCAGCGCAACGAAAGAGAGCAGAUGAGAUGAAGAACUCGUUUGCACAUGCGGACGGUGACCACCUCACAAUGCUGAAUGUCUAUCACGCCUUCAAAUCCCCAGCCGCACAAGAGAACCCGAAGCAGUGGACUCACGACCAUUUCUUGUCUUUCCGAGCCUUGCAGCAAGCCGACAACGUUCGUCUGCAGCUCAAGCGUAUCAUGGAGCGAGAAGAAGUCGAGCUGAUCUCAACACCCUUCGACCACAAGGACUACUACAUCAACAUUCGCAGAGCCCUUGUUGCUGGCUUCUUCAUGCAAGUCGCGAAGAAAGACACAUCAGGCAAGACCUAUGUCACUGUCAAGGACAACCAGAGCGUGCUUCUGCAUCCUUCCACGGUGCUGGGUCAGGACAGCGAGUGGGUCGUGUACAACGAAUUCGUGCUCACCAGCAAGAACUACAUCCGAUCUGUCACAGCUGUCAAGCCGGAGUGGUUGCUUGAAAUCUCGCCGAACUACUACGAUGUCGAUAGCUUCCAGAAGGGCGAAGUGCAGACAUCAUUACGGAGGACAGCGCAGAAGAUGCAGAGACGGUCGGAGAUUAAUGGCAAGGCUGGACGGACAUAG